GGUUGGGGAUAAGUAACUCACUCGUUCUCCUCCGCUCCGCUUCCAGAGAGCCCAAGGCGGCGAUCUCCAUCGUCGUCUCCGCCGCAAUGCUUUCCGUCGAAGAAGCCCUACGCAUCGUGCUCGGCGCGGCAGAUCGCCUGCCACCGGUCUCCGUGCGGCUUCACGAGGCCCUCGGGCUUAUCCUCGCGGAGGACGUAUGCGCUCCCGACCCUUUGCCGCCCUAUCGCGCCUCCAUCAAGGAUGGGUACGCUGUGGUGGCUUCGGACGGGCCUGGUGUUUAUCCGGUGAUAACGGAGUCGAGAGCCGGAAACGAUGGGUUGGGCACGGUGGUCACUCCUGGAACCGUUGCUUAUGUGACGACUGGAGGCCCAAUUCCUGAUGGCGCUGAUGCAGUUGUCCAAGUAGAGAAUACUGAAAAAGUGACUGACAAUGAGAAUGGAGGAAAGAGAGUGAGAAUAUUGGCGAGAGUAUCUAAGGGGAAUGACAUCCGUAAUGUGGGUCGUGAUGUCGAGAAAGAUGCUAGGGUAUUGAUGACAGGUGAAAAAUUAGGCAGUCCAGAGAUUGGUUUGCUUGCCACUAUAGGUGUCACACUAGUGAAGGUCUAUCCUAGACCAACCAUUGGAAUUCUUUCUACUGGAGAUGAGCUAGUUGAGCCAGCAACUAAGUGUCUAAGUCGUGGCAAGAUAAGAGAUUCUAAUCGUGCAAUGUUAAUGGCGGCUGCUGUUCAACACAAUUGUAAAGUUGUUGACCUUGGUAUUGCCUGUGAUAAAGAAGAUAGUCUUAGUGAGGUUUUCGAUGCAGCUAUUGGCUCAGGAAUUGAUGUACUUUUCACUUCCGGUGGUGUUUCUAUGGGAGACAGAGACUUAGUUAAACCCUGCUUAUCUAAAAUCGGGCAAAUACAUUUUGAAAAGGUUUCCAUGAAGCCUGGAAAGCCAUUGACAUUUGCACAUAUCAUUACGGAUUCAAAACAAAACAAACUUUCAAAGCCUAUUCUAGCUUUUGGUUUUCCUGGAAACCCUGUGAGUUGUAUUGUUUGCUUCAACAUAUUUGCUGUGCCUGCAAUACGAAAACUUUUUGGUUGGUCAAACCCCCAGCUCCAGAGAGUGCAUGCCCGAAUUGCACACCCCAUAAGUCCAGACCGUUAUCGUCCUGAGUUUCAUUGUGCCAUUGUUAGAUGGGAUGAUGAUGAUGGAUCUGGCAGGCCUGGCUUCAUUGCUGAGAGCACUGGAAAACAAAUGAGUAGUCGACUCCUGAUUAUGAAAUCUGCAAAUGCAUUAUUAGAGUUACCUGCAACAGAUCAGAUAAUAGAAGCUGGGACUUCUGUUCGAGCCGUACUCAUUUCAGAUUUAAACAACAUUUCAAUGAGUAAGCUGACAGAACAAGUGGUUUCCUCAUCCAUUAAGCUUGGACAUACUGCACAACACUCUGCCAUACAAAUUGGAAAUACAUCUCAAGAAUCAAUGGUCCGAGUUGCAAUUCUUACUGUGAGUGAUACUGUUUCUUCAGGUGCUGGCCCUGAUCGGAGUGGCCCUAGGGCUGUUUCGGUGGUGAACACUUCUUCAGAAAAGCUAGGAGGAGCACAUGUGGUAGCAACAGCAGUUGUGCCUGACGAUGUUGAUAAAAUCAAGGAUAUUCUCAUCCGAUGGAGCGACAUCGACAACAUUGAUCUCAUUUUGACUCUAGGCGGCACUGGCUUUACGCCUACAGAUGUAACACCCGAAGCUACAAAGGCUGUAAUCAUGAAAGAGGCUCUUGGUCUUUCAUUUGUGAUGCUUCAAGAGAGUCUUAAGGUAACACCAUUCGCAAUGCUUUCGCGGGCUGCAGCUGGGAUCAGAGGAUCGACAUUGAUCAUCAACAUGCCUGGGAACCCAAAUGCAGUUGCCGAGUGCAUGGACGCACUGCUUCCUGCACUCAAACAUGCCCUGAAGCAAAUUAAGGGGGACAAGAGGGAGAAACACCCUCGACACGCUCCGCAUUCCGAAGCCCUUCCGACCGACCAAUGGGAACGCAGCUUCAAAGCUGCGUCUUCCAGGUCAGAUUGUUCUUGCUCCCACUGAUGCUUGCUGAAGCAUCCACAAGCAAAUAUCUAUAUCUGCAAAUGAUUCUGUUUUUCUCAUCUCGUUUUCCCAAAUGUUUGAUCAAAUAAUCUGCCUUUUCCUGAAUAGUCUGGUUCCAAUACCAGGAUUUGUAUGUAUUUUUGCGUACUGUUUUCAUAUAAUUCAGAAAAUACACUAGUUUUCUCGAAGCCUUUGCUUUGCUUGUAUCUCUCAUCAAAAGAUACUAUUCUAUUAUGUCUUUUAAACAGAUGGAUCUGACUCGAAUUUAACAAAUAGAGAUUUGAUUCAAAUGUUCCACUACAAUUUGUGCU